AUGUCCGAAAUUAAUAACAGAAAGUUAUUGAUUAAAGAAAUUGAAAAAAUAGCAAAUAAUAAGAGAAAGCAACAGCCAGAAUGCGAAGAGAAUCCACAAUCGCUAUUGACGAUCGAAGAUAGUGUAAAGAAAGAGUCGAAAAAAAGAUUUAGAAUAAACGUGGAUGACGCCGCAGCCGUAAAUGAUCAAAUGAAUUGGACUUAUUCGGUUCAAGUAAGAGCAGCUGAAAAUCAAGUCAUUAAUCAGCAAAAAAUUGACAGAGAAAAUAAAACUACGAUGGAUGAAAAAUUCUAG